AUGUGUGACGCUCCCAAAGGCACACUUCGCCAUCACAAUGGUGGAUAUGGAGAAUCACUACCACCCCCCGUCACCCCUGGAGGACUCGAUGCUUGAUGGUCCCCUGUGCGGUGAGGACGAUUUUAUGGGCAGCAUGGAAACACUUCAGGAUAUCCCCACAUCCAUCGAUGAGGAUGCCCUCAGCUCACUCGACGUCCCAGAGUACCAGUCCUCCCACAAUGGAUCUGAAGGUUCCAGUGUACUCGACGCUCUGACACCAGCGUCAAGCCCGUCCUCUCUUUUCGGCAUGGCUGCAACCCAGGAGGAGCUCUCAUCUUCCUCUUCGUCACUCAGUCUGGAGUGUCGCGUGUGUUCUGACCGAGCAUCAGGGUAUCAUUACGGAGUUCACGCCUGUGAGGGCUGCAAGGGUUUCUUUCGUCGGACCAUCCGUCUGAAGCUGGAGUAUGACAGGUGUGAGCGCCGCUGCAAGAUCCAAAAAAAGAACCGCAAUAAGUGCCAAUACUGCCGCUUCCAGAAGUGCCUUGCUGUGGGAAUGUCCCACAAUGCCAUCCGGUUUGGUAGGAUGCCCCAAUCAGAGAAGCAGAAGCUCAAAGCGGAGAUGGUGAUGGGGGAAAGGGAGGUGGUGAACCCUGAGCUCUCAGACCAGAAAACCCUGGCCAGGCAGAUCCACGAGGCCUACCUGAAGAACUUCAACAUGAACAAGGCCAAGGCUCGGACCAUUCUCACAGGAAAGACCAGCACCCCUCCAUUUGUGAUUCAUGACAUGGAGACGCUGCAGCUGGCAGAGCAGACGCUGGUGGCAAAGAUGGUUGGCUCGGCGGGGCCACUUAAGGAAAAGGAGGCAGAGGUACGGAUUUUCCACUGCUGCCAGUGCACAUCAGUAGAAACGGUCACUGAACUCACAGAAUUCGCAAAGUCCAUCCCGGGCUUCGCCAACCUGGACCUCAACGAUCAGGUGACGCUGUUGAAGUAUGGAGUGUACGAAGCCCUCUUCGCCAUGCUCGCCUCCAGCAUGAACAAAGACGGACUCCUGGUGGCCUACGGCUCCGGCUUCAUCACCCGGGAAUUCCUCAAGAGCCUGCGGCGACCGUUCAGCGACAUGAUGGAGCCCAAGUUCCAGUUUGCCAUGAAGUUUAACGUGCUGGAGUUGGACGACAGCGACUUGGCUUUGUUUGUUGCUGCUAUCAUCUGCUGUGGAGACCGACCUGGCCUAGUAAAUGUGGCAGCUAUAGAGGUGAUGCAGGAGAGCAUUGUGCACGUCCUCCACCGCCACCUGGUGUUCAAUCACCCUGAUGACACUUUCCUGUUCCCUAAGCUGCUGCAGAAACUUGCUGAUCUCCGGCAGCUGGUGACAGAACAUGCACAGCUGGUGCAGGAGAUCAAAAAGACAGAGGACACAUCCCUGCACCCACUUCUACAGGAGAUCUACAGAGACAUGUACUGA